UUUCUCUUCUUUUUCUUUUUUUUUUCUCUCCUUUACCUUCUCGUCUUCUUACACAGCAUAAGUUUUUUUUUUUUCUUCGAUUUGUUGAUCUGCCACUUUGGUCUCGAUCUUUGUCUUAAAUGGGCACUUGAGAUCAUAGAGAGAGAAACUAAAAGAGAGAGGAUUUCGAAGAGGGGGAAAAAGGAGUUGGUAAAGAUUGGAUUUUGAAGGGGAAAUUUAGAGAUGGGUUUUUUUUUGUGAGAAGGCUGAAAGUGGAGAUGGUUUGGAGUAUUUGUUGAAGAAUUGUCUUAAAGUUUGGGUUUUUAAUUCUGGGUUUUGUUUGAUUUGUUUGGAUUUUGAUUAUGGGUGGGUGUUUUCCUUGUUUUGGAUCAUCAAACAAGGAAGGGAGUAAUGGUGGGGGCACUGUGAAAGAACUGAGCAAGAAAGAUUCAACUAAAGAGGGCUCAGUUGGACAGUCUCAUCAUGUUAAUAGAGUUAGUUCAGACAAAUCAAAAUCUCGGAGUGUUUCUGAUCCUAAGAAGGAGCCAACAGUACCUAAAGAUGGAGCAACAGCAAAUAUUGCAGCACAAACAUUUACAUUUCGAGAGCUUGCCGCUGCCACAAAGAACUUUAGGCCAGAAUGUCUAUUGGGAGAAGGGGGAUUUGGACGUGUUUACAAGGGCCGCUUGGAGAGUACAGGGCAGGUAGUUGCUGUCAAACAGCUUGAUAGAAACGGCCUUCAGGGAAACCGAGAAUUUCUUGUUGAAGUUCUCAUGCUUAGCCUCUUACACCAUCCAAACCUCGUCAACUUGAUUGGUUAUUGUGCCGAUGGGGACCAACGCCUCCUUGUCUAUGAGUUUAUGCCUUUAGGGUCAUUGGAGGAUCACUUACAUGAUCUUCCACCAGACAAGGAACCUUUGGACUGGAAUACAAGAAUGAAGAUUGCAGCUGGUGCAGCCAAGGGAUUGGAAUACUUGCAUGAUAAAGCUAAUCCUCCUGUCAUCUACAGAGACUUGAAGUCAUCUAACAUCCUUCUUGAUGAGGGCCACCAUCCCAAGUUAUCAGAUUUUGGGCUUGCAAAACUGGGUCCUGUUGGUGACAAAACCCAUGUGUCCACACGUGUGAUGGGCACCUAUGGUUAUUGCGCUCCAGAAUAUGCAAUGACUGGCCAGCUCACUCUAAAAUCUGAUGUCUACAGUUUUGGAGUGGUCUUUCUUGAGCUCAUCACAGGGCGCAAGGCCAUUGAUAAUACACGUGCUCCUGGUGAGCAUAAUCUUGUGGCAUGGGCACGACCACUUUUCAAAGAUCGUAGGAAGUUUCCAAAAAUGGCUGACCCACUACUGCAAGGUCGUUAUCCAAUGCGAGGACUAUACCAAGCUCUUGCAGUCGCAGCCAUGUGUUUGCAGGAACAAGCUGCUACAAGGCCUCUAAUAGGUGAUGUUGUGACAGCCCUUACUUAUUUAGCCUCGCAAACCUAUGACCUAAAUGCUCCCAGCAAUCAGAGCAACAGAGUUGGUCCAUCGACUCCAAGACUGAAGGAUGAUCGAAGGAGUAUGGGAGAUGGAUUAGACAGCCCAGAUGAGCGUGGACAGCAUGGUUCCCCUUCCACCCAUAGAAAUUCGCCUGAUUACAGGAAGAGGAAUCAUGCUAGGGAAAUGAGCACCGGCACAGAGUUAGGUAGGAGUGAAGCUGGUGGGGGGUCGGGGAGGAAAUGGGGUUUGGAUGAUUCAGAGCGACAGGAAUCUCAGAGAGACAGCCCUCUGAAUGCUGUGAGAGCAAGGGAAACUCCACGUAACCGUGAUCUUGAUAGAGAACGUGCUGUUGCAGAGGCUAAAGUAUGGGGUGAGAAUUGGAGGGAGAAAAAACGGGCGAACGCAAUGGGUAGCUUUGACGGUACAAAUGACUGAUGCUUGCCAGAAUAGUAAUCCAUGUCAAUUUGCUAUUCCAAAAGCGAAGACAUGUUAUAUCAUUUUUAAGGGUCGUCAAUGGAAAAGAAAGAGAAGGAACAUUGGAAGAUACACGCCGUCCUUUACUGUCGAGUUUCCAUUUCUACCCAGGAAAAUAAGAGUUGAUGCAUGUAUCCAACUUUGACUGUUGUUGCUUGUCCUUAAUAUCAAUUCAUGUAGUUGAGUAUGAAACUGAAUGCUUCAAUUAUGCGGUUGAAGGAAAGGAAGAGAGACACACAGUUAAAGAAGGGAUGGGGAGAGAGCGGUUGGAUGAGUUUUGGGGCAUUCACAGGUAAAAAAGGAUUCCGCCUGCCGAGAAUGUUGUAUGCAACAUGUUAAAAAUUCUUUAAAAAAGGUGUUUUUAGGGUUUUUAUGAGAUUGAUGUUACAGGAGAUAGUGGGAGAAGUUGUCUAAUUUUUGCCCCAGAUUAUAAUAUAUAAUAUAUAUAAUAUUAUUAUUGUCUGUACCUGGGGGGAAAAACUUAGUGGCUUUUGUGUGGGGUGUCUCAAAUCUCAAUUGGUGUUUACAUCUUGUACUAAAAAAAUGCUGUUCCUUGUGUACGGAUUUCUGAGUCCUUCCUGUUUUCGGCUUAUACAAAGAGGUUUCCACUAUAUUUUUAU